GCCCCACCCCCCCCCCCCAUUGUUAUCAUCAUCAUCGUCAUCAGCUUUCGUAAGGACCACACCGACGCGCACAGAGAGACAGACAGACAGAGAUGGUGAUGUUGCUCUACCGCGGCGUGUAGAGUGAUCGCUCCCGAGUCUAGAGGGGGGGGAGCGUUAGGGGCAGAGUGGCUCACGCACGAUGCCACCGCCUCGUGUGUGAAGAGGGGGAGGUCUGACUGAUCGACAAGAGAAGAGUUGAAGACAACCACCAACACCACCACCACCGCCACAGAGAGACGCAUUGACGACUCCGACUAAGCGAGACGCACCGAGCCCGGCUCGCCGUGACGGGGAGAACGAUCUUCUUCUGUGUGUGUGUGUCUCUCUCGUCGUCGGUGUUGCGGAUACACAACAACAACAAUAACAACAACAGCAUCAACAACAACAGCAGCAGGAGACCAAUCGCCCGCUCGACACCGAAGGGAGAAGGCCACCGCCACCACUACGACUGCGCGCUCGAUCCUGUGCGACGUCCGACGGCGACACUCGCCAGUGGCCGCGACGAUGGUGCUCAUCCUGGGCCGGCGCAACGCGCGCGCCGGGGCGGGCGAGAGCGUGCGCGAGUCCCCCGCCAGCAAGCGCAAGGUGCUCAACCUCGAGUCGAAGACGCCCGGCGGCACGGCCGCCAGCGAGCUGCUCGAAUUCUCCGCCGGAAGCCCCCACGCCGAGGGAGUUCUCGCCGCCCUCAAUGAGUUCCGCCUGAAGGAUCGCAUAUUCACUGACGUGAUGGUGGCGGUUGAGGGCUGCGAGUUCCCGUGCCACCGCGCCGUCCUCUCCGCCUGCUCCGCAUACUUCCGCGCCAUGUUCUGCAACGACCACCGCGAGAGCCGCGCCACCAUCGUCGAGAUCAACGGCAUCCAGGCGUCCGCCAUGGAGCAGCUGCUGCAGUACAUGUACACGGGCCGCGCACGCAUCACCACCGACAACGUGCAGUACCUCUUCGAGACCGCCAGCCUCUUCCAGAUCCACGCGCUGCGCUCCGCCUGCGCCAAGUUCCUGGAGGAGCAGCUGGACCCGUGCAACGUGCUGGGACUGCAGCGGUUUGCCGACGCGCACUCCCUGCAGUCGCUGCACAGCAAGUGCGCGGCGUUUGCGCUGCAACGCUUCUGCGAGGUGGUGCAGCACCAGGAGUUCCUCGAGCUGCCCAAGGACGAGCUCGUAGACUACGUCUCCAACGACGAGCUGGUCGUGGACAAGGAGGAGACCGUCUUCGAGGCGGUGAUGCGCUGGGUGCAACACAACGCGGUGGAACGGCGCAGCGCCCUGCGCGACGUCCUCGACAACGUGCGCCUGCCGCUGCUUCAGCCCGACUACUUCGUGCAGACGGUGGAGGGCGAGGAGAUGGUGCGCUCGGCGCCCGAGUGCUACGGCCUGCUGCACGAGGCGCGGCGCUUCCACGUGCUCGGCAACGAGAUGUGCUCGUCACGCACGCGGCCACGCAGGUCGACGGGCUGCUCGGAGGUGAUCGUGAUCGUGGGCGGCUGCGAGCGGGUGGGUGGCUUCAACCUGCCCUACACGGAGUGCUACGACCCCAUCACCGGGGAGUGGACGUCGCUCUCCAAGCUGCCCGAGUUCACCAAGUCCGAGUACGCCGUGUGCGCACUCCGUAACGACAUCCUCGUCUCCGGUGGACGAAUCAACAGCCGCGACGUCUGGAUGUACAACUCGCAGCUCAACGUGUGGGUGCGCGUGGCGUCGCUCGCAAAGGGAAGGUGGCGGCACAAGAUGGCCGUGCUGCACGGAAAGGUGUACGCCGUGGGCGGCUACGACGGGCAGACGCGCCUGAGCAGCGUCGAGUGCUACGACUCGUUCGCCAACCGCUGGACGGACGUGGCGCCGCUCAAGGAGGCCGUGAGCUCGCCGGCCGUGGCCAGCUGCUCUAACCGCCUCUACGUCAUCGGCGGAGGCCCCGACGACAACACCUGCUCCGACAAGGUGCAGUGCUACGACCCGGCGACCAAUACCUGGCUACUGCGCUCCUCCAUCCCCAUCGCCAAGCGCUGCAUCAGCGCCGUGUGCCUCAACAACCUCAUCUACGUCUCCGGAGGGCUCACCAACAACAUCUUCUGCUACGACCCCCUGGAGGACUACUGGAUGAACGUGGCCACCACCUUCAGCAAGCAGGAGAGCUGCGGCAUGACGGUGUGCAACGGCAAGAUCUUCAUCCUGGGCGGGAAGAGCGAGAGCGGGGAGGCCAUGGACACGGUGCUGUGCUACGACCCCGGCUCGGGCAUCCUGACCGGCGUGGCCGCCAUGCCGCGGCCCAUCUGCUACCACGGUUGCGUCUCCAUCCACCGCCACCAUAAGCACUGAGGCCCCCACCCCACACGCCCCGCCCCCCGCCCCCCCGCCCUCCCUCGCCUUCCCGACGCGUGGCUGCUGCCGCCCGGCCCCAUCACCGCAGCCCCUGCUGCCGCCCCUCUCCUCUAUCCGGCGCCGCCAGCGUCACCGCGCGUCGCGACCCAACGGCCGUCGAUCUCAGUGUGCGGCCGCUUACGAGCGCCCCUCUUCCGCUGGUGCAUCCGAGCAGGGGGUACUGCACGGAGCCCUCGUGGGACUGACUCGGGGGAGGGGGGGGGUAAGCAGGGCCAGGUGCGGGGUUAAUGACCCCCCCGUUGCACGUGACUCGAGUUGGUAUAAAUCAAACGCAGCGUCGCCACGCCUUCUACGCGCGGCCUCAAGCCGUGCACGUCAUUGGCGCGGCUCCAUUUGGAGGACCAGGGCAGCAAGGGCGAAGUUCUUCCGCGCAACUUGUCGCAUCCGCUCAUCGGUCAGCCAAGUGAGGCCAAGCUGCGCGCACACCGAGCGGACGCUGCCGAGGCGAAGUCCAUCAAUGGGCGGCACACUCAAUGGAGAAGCAGCCCGAUUAAAAAAACACACCGCGCACACACGACACGCGCGCGCCUGGAGACGAUCGUCACUGAGCGAGCGCUGCGGCGGCCGCACCGGUAACUUAACGCCUAGACCACGCAAACAAACAAACAAAACUCGGCUGCACGUGGAGAUGCCGUGCUGUUGUUUUGGCACGGACAAUUACGCACGUGUCGGGCGACGCCGGAGAGCCAGGCUCUCUCUCUCUCCCCUGCGAGUCUGUGAACCGUGGCCGUUGCGUUUGACGGCAGCUCUGAGCGCCGCUCUCACGUUAACCUGAUUAUGCAGUCCAGUGGCGCUGUGGGGGGGUGCUGUGCCACGUCCCUGCGGGGCUGCCUUAAUUGCCUGGCAUUAGCAUCCUGCUGUCAGGUCGUGUGAGCGCCACGUGGCAGGAGCUGCGAGCUCUCUGCUGUGUGUGCGUGCGUGUCAGGUUCUCCCGUUAGCGCGUGGCCUUAGGUCUGGGAAUCGUUUCUGUGGCUGGUUUUUGGGUGGGCAUUAGUCAAAUGCGUAUUUAUAACGCAUUUAUAAUAUAAAAAUCCCUGUGUAUAUUUAAGUUGGGGAAAAUGUUGCGUUCGAAAAACGACGGUCGAUAUGGAGAUUUUUUUCAUUUUAGUUUCUACCCCAAAACAAACCCGAAUUCUUGAACAUUUCUAUUUGUUGAAAAAAAUAUUUGAAAAGAAAAAUAUACCACCAAGUAUGUAUUAACAUGUACCACCAAGAACUAAAUAAGCAGUCAACGAUAGCGGAUCAAAAACAAUACCAUCCACGAACAUGCCUUUUACUGUCACUUGAUGCACUUGAAGGCAAUGCUCUUUCUGAUCGCCUGCGUUCAGCAUUUUUCAAAAAUCGCUUCUGGCAAUGGGCCAUCAACCCUUUCCCGUUCCGAUGACGUGCGUGUACGUCCACGUAUGUCAUCAGUUUUUCUUUUGAUUCCGUUCUGAUGACGUAUGAUUAACACGGUUUGCUACGUACGGUGCGAAACUAGUUCAACAUGCAUACAAAUACUAUAAU